AUGGAUUUCGGUGACGCUGGAGCGGCGCCAGUCAUUUUGGCUGACCGGCUGGACCGGCUGUUGAUUUCGUGGCAUGAGAACCGCGUCGUUUUGUCAAUUGUUCUCGGACUAAGCGUUCUCGCAGUCAUCGUGCUGCGCAGGCAUGCCUACAAAAUCGCACAGCGCGGUUCGCCAACAUUGGAGAAGGCAGAGUGGCUUUCACAAAAUGAUGAUGUCCGUCUCCAGAUUGCGAAGGAUAAAAGGAUUGAAACUGCACCAAGAAACACCCCUUCACUCACAUCUGGCCAGGCUCGAAAACCUCUAAUAACGGUGGCAGCACCCCGUGUUGUGACAGGCCGCAAGCCGUCAAAAUCGAGAGGAGGUCAACUAGCGCUACAGAGACGAAGAGAGCCGUCUCGCAUACAGCCAUUGAUCUUCUUCUCUUCCUUGACCGGAACUACUGAACGCCUUUCAAAGAAUGUAGCUGCGGACCUCGAGGAAGUCUCAAUCGCCCAGCCCGCCAUCCUUAGGCCUCAAAUACAUGAUAUCUCUUACAUUGAUCUCGACGACUACUUCAUAUCAGGACCAAAAACACCUGCGCCGGAUGCAGGUAUCUUGUACUUCUACCUCCUUUUGAUACCAUCCUACGAUAUCGAUACCAUUUUGAACACGUUUCUUUCCCAUUUAGACGAGACACACAAUGACUUCCGCAUCGAUACCGCACCUUUAUCUAUGUUGGCAGGAUACACGGUCUUUGGUAUCGGUGAUAAGGAAGGCUGGCCCACGGAAGAGACGGGAUUCUGCUCACAAGCUGUAGAGGUCGACAAGUGGAUGGCCAAAUUAACUGGCAGGAAGAGGGCGUACCCUGUGGGACUCGGUGACGUGAAGAGCAAUCUCGACAGAUCGCUGAAGGACUGGAUAGGUGGCGUAUCCAACAUUCUCAAGGAGGUGAGCAAGACCGGUGCCCUCGGUGAAGGAGUUCCUGGAAGCGGGGAACCCCUGGAGAGCGACGACGAGGAUGAGCCAGAGGAAGUGGAUGAAGAGGUUGAGUUCCCUGACUCUGGUCGCAAUAAGAGACGAAAGCUUGCCAACACUACCGAUCUCGAGGAUGUGGGCGGGAAGGCCAAUUCCUACGCGGCUCCAAUGGCCAUCGACUUCACGACCUACAGUUCUCCGCCAUCAGCACCCACGCCCUUGAAGGCCAUGGUCCCCAAGGAAUCUCCGACUCACGCCGCUCUGAUAAAACAGGGGUACACAAUUGUGGGCACCCAUUCAGGGGUGAAAAUCUGCCGUUGGACAAAAUCGGCGCUUCGGGGUCGUGGAUCCUGCUACAAGAAUUCCUUCUAUGGCAUUGCCUCCCAUCUGUGCAUGGAAACUACUCCGUCACUUUCGUGCAGUAACAAGUGUGUCUUUUGCUGGAGGCACGGCACCAACCCAGUUUCGACGACUUGGCGCUGGCAAAUUGAUGAUCCGAAACUGAUCUUCGAGGGUGCGAAGGAAGGCCAUUACAGGAAAAUCAAAAUGAUGCGUGGCGUCCCCGGUGUGCGCGCCGAAAGGUUUGAAGAGGCGAUGCGCAUUCGACACUGUGCGUUGAGUUUAGUGGGCGAACCGAUCUUCUACCCGCGCAUUAAUGAGUUUGUGGGACUCCUGCACGGUGAGAAGAUAUCCAGUUUCCUCGUCUGCAACGCCCAGCAUCCGCAGCAGUUGCGUGACUUGCGCCGCGUCACACAACUGUACGUCAGUAUCGACGCCAGCAACAAAGACAGUCUACGCAAGAUCGACAGACCUCUACAUCGGGAUUUUUGGGAACGGUUCAAUUCCUGCCUGGACCUUUUGCGGGAGAAGCGUUUCGAGCAACGCACCGUGUUCCGGCUUACGCUCGUCAAAGGAUUCAACAUUGAGGAUGAAGUAGAAGGGUAUGCCCACCUAGUGGCUAAAGGCCUACCCUGCUUUGUCGAAAUUAAGGGCGUCACAUAUUGCGGCACGAGUUCCUCGGCCGGGGCGGGCCUGACGAUGCAAAACGUCCCCUUCUACGAGGAAGUCGUCGCGUUCGUCGAGGCCUUGGAAAAGGCCCUCGCAAAGAGAGGUCUAGAAUACGGCAUCGCGGCCGAGCAUGCACACAGCUGCUGCGUGCUGAUCGCGAGCAAGCGCUUCUUCAUCAAUGCCAAGUGGCACACCCUCAUCGACUAUGAUAAGUUCUUCAACUUGUUAGAGAGUGCACGGGACUUUACACCGGAAGACUACUGCAAGGAGACCCCCGAGUGGGCGCUUUGGGGAAAUGGUGGGUUUGACCCUAGAGAUGAGAGGGUGGAUAGGAAAGGAAGGCCGAAGGAGAAGAAGACGACUAGCGACAACGGUGGACAGAACCAGAAUGGAACGAGGGUUGGAGAAGAGAAAUUCAUGCCUUGA